CGUGCGCGGAAGGAACCAGCUACGGGGUUCCGCACGCGGAUCCGCACGAGGUGAAAGGGAAAUGGAGGAUUCGGCUUCUGCUCCGCUGACAAGCGUGGCGGCGGCUGCAGCCUCCACCUCGAUUCCAAAGGCCCCGACCCCAGAGGAGCAGCUGGACAAAGAGCAGAUUAGAAAGGCACUGGAAGCUCUGUUAGCAUAUUCCAAGUCCAAGAAAAACGAUAAUGGAUUACUUUUGAAUGAGAGUGAAAAUUUAUUUUUAAUGGUGAUAUUAUGGAAAAUUCCAAGUAAAGAACUGAGGGUCAGAUUGCCCUUGCCUCAUGGUAUUCGAUCAGAUUUAGAAGAAAUCUGCUUAUUUACUAAGGAUGAACCCAAUAAAACUCCUGAACAGACAGAACGUUUCUAUAGAAAGCUUUUUAAUAAGCAUGGCAUUAAAACCAUAUCUCAGAUUAUUCCCCUCCACACUUUAAAAAAGGAAUAUAAAUCCUAUGAAGCCAAGCUCCGCCUUAUGUCUAGUUUUGACUUCUUCCUUACUGAUGCCAGAAUUAGGCGGCUUUUACCCACAUUGAUUGGGCGACAUUUUUAUCAAAGGAAGAAGGUUCCAGUAUCUGUAAACCUUCUGACGAAGAAUUUAUCAAAAGAGAUCAGUCAAUCUAUAGGUGGAACAAUCUUAAACAUCUCUAAAAGUGGUUCUUGCAGCACUAUACGCAUCGGUCACACUGCAAUGCAGACUGAGCACAUCAUUGAAAACAUUGUUACUGUCACAAAAGGACUUUCAGAAAAAUUGCCAGAGAAGUGGAAGAGUGUGAAACUCAUGUUUGUGAAAAGUGAGAGAUCAGUUGCCCUCCCCAUCUUUUCCUCAUUUGUCACCAGUUGGGAUGAAAACGCCAAACAGUAUGUUCUUAGUAAGAAGAAAAACGCAACAAAGAAAAAACAAGGAGAAAGACUUCUUAAAAAACCAAAGGGGAAGAAGAGAAACAGAAAGGUAAAGAAACAGGCUGCAUCAGUCCCAACAAAAGAUGACGUGGCCCCUAAAAUUAGUGAUGUGCCAGUGAAGAAACCUGGAUCCCAGAAGGAAGAGACCCCAGAGCAUGGAAAGAAGAAAAAACAUGGCAAAGUAAAAGCCCAACUGAAAGUGACAGAUGAAUCUGAAGAUGAAAUUCCACAGCUAGUACCAAUAGGAACAGCUCCAGCUAAAGAAAAUGUAGAGACUCAGAAACAUGCCACAGGAAAGAAGUCUCCAAAAAAGAGUCCUGGUCCCAAGACACCUCGCGGGAAGAAGAGAAAGGCCUUGCCAGCUUCAGAAACCCCGAGCGCUGCGGAGCCCGAGACCCCAGGUAAAGCGCCAGGAAAGAAGCCAAAAAUCAGAGAAGAGGUGGAGAAAGAAAGACACCCUUUGCUGGCGAAAAAAGACCCGAGACAGACGCCAAAAAAGCCAGAGGCCAAAGUCUUUGCUACUUCUACUAAAUCUGCAAGAAAGACUCCCCACACCCCCAAACGAUUGCCCAAAAAACGCAAAGUCCCACAGUCAACCUAAAAUCAGCGAUACAACCAGAAGGUAGCAUCAAAGCUGCCUGAAAAGCUUUUUGGAAACACUUGCGUCCUGACCCCAAUGGCAGCCUUUUCCAAGUGUGAGGCCUGGACUUAAAUAUUUUUUAAAACCUCCAUAGGUACUUUUGAUGUAUGUUCCUGGGUGUAAGAACCAGUGGUUUAAAGUAAAAUCUAUUUUUUAAUUGUUGUUCUGUGUAUUUGCUAAUAUAAUAGAGGGAUAAUAGAGCGCC